GAUCCGAACCCGACUCAUGACCCGUUUGCCACCCCAAAUUCGAACGCCGGAAAUCACGUUAUACACGAAGAGGAACCCACCCGACCUAGUCAACAGAUUCGGAGCUUCUGCGGCCGGACCAACCCGUGGUCAGGGUCCUCCCCAUCAUCUGAGCAGCACAGUCGACGGCGUUGCAGUACCCAAUUCGACUAACCAGUCUUUCAAACCCGGGACCCGCCUCAGCCCCAAUCUGAUCGAACCCCAAUUUCAGAUCGAAGUUGAGACAGCAACAGGGAGUAACUCUCCUUAAGCCCAAGCCCAAAGAUAAAUAUAAUAUUGGAUCAAUUGUUGCAGUGAGAAUAUGUGAAACCAAUAUAUCUAGGAAUAAAGGAGAUGGACGGGGUGGGUCCUAGCAAGGGACAAAAGAGGCGAUUACCACCAUGGAUGCUUGGUGUGGCUGCUGUUGACAAAGUGAGAAAGUUUGAGAAUGGGGAUGGAAGCAAUGAUAAUAGCAUAAGCGAAGAACUUGUGUCCGAAGCUUGCCGGCCCAAGUCAAAAGCUGGAAAUGUACACAAUGAUAAAGAUGGCCUGCUUCAUGACAAGGAACCAUUAAAUACAAAUCCAUGUGUUCUUGGAACAAAGAGAAGAAAACGAAAAUUAAGUCCACAAGAUGCAGAUUGUGACAGUAACAUUUAUGAAGCUGGUUCAAAGAGGAAAAAAGAUGACAUUAAGGGAAAAGUUUGGGGUUCCACUUCUCAGAAAGCAAGGAAAGCAAAGAGUUUGAAUUCUAAAAGUACUGAGGAAGCUGAAGUCACCUCUUUAAGCGAAGAUGAUGGAGAGUUGACGAUGGAAGAUCUAAUGAGCAUUGCAGAGGAGUAUGUCAAAGCUGAUGAGGAGAUAGACAUACAGCGAUCAUCAGAUAGAGUUUGUGGAUCAGAAAGUGAACUUCCAGCAAUAGCCUUCUCUGGACACGAAUCAGCAGCCUCUCACAGUGCCUGUAAAAUUAACAAGAAAUUGCCUGUUUAUGAAACUGCACAUUCUUAUAAUUCAACUGAGAAUUUAGCUAGUGAAGAAACUGUCAUUCAUCCUGGCAGAACAGGGGAUCCUACUCAAGACAUGCUGGAUCUAUUUUUGGGUCCCUUACUCAAGAAACCCUCAAAGCACAAGAAGAUUGAUUUUUUUUCAGAAGAUGUGAAAAUUUCCCAUGAGUUUAGAAAACCAAGUCAAAAUAAGAUGGCUGGAGAAGAACCAGUCCCAUUGAUGAAGAAAAAGAGUAGUCUCAAAGACAAGGUAGCCAUGUUUCUUGACUGAAUAAGGUAAUCUGCUUACCCAAAUCUAUUCUGGAUGGUGAAGCAGGAGUGGAUUGUCCUUAAGAGUUUUGGGUAGCUUUGAUACAAUAUUCUGUCAAUUUUGUACAGUUGUCUUCUUUUUCACUUGAAUCUUAACAGCAUCUCUGCCAUAAACUAGAUUCUGUUAGGUGCGUACCUUGCACGCCUUUCAUGAUUGGUUGUAUAGCAAAGGAUGGAGGUGUAUUGUCUUACUUCAAUGAUUGUAUAUUGCCAAAUUCCAAGGCUCUAUAUGGAAUGGUUAUUUAUUUUCUGUAAUAUAAUUUGAAAAUAAAGCUUCUUAGCCAUUGAAA